AUAAGAUUGCAUGUUAUAUCGAAUUGUCAUGUGAAAUCAAGCAAGCUUUGGCCAGCAAAUUCCGCGUCACGCCUGCUUUUUGUUUCAUACAGUAACAUACUUCCGCGCGCCACUCGAAAUGCAGUUCAUAGAAGACGUGAAUCAUGAUAUUCAUGUUGCCCAGGACGCUUGGAAUGAGGCAGUAGAACAUUGGCAACAAUCAAUCAUAGGUCUCGAAACUUCGACGGAAGAAAAGCACAAGUCACUCUCCCGGCUUGCUACUGAGACGAAUAAACUAAUCAACCACCUGAAUUCUUUCACCGAGGAUUACGGGUUAACGGUUACUUCAUUGCUGCAGGGACAGACGUCUGUACAUUCAUCAUCUAGCGCACGAAAUAUCGCUCAGAAUGCCAAAGCCAUCCGUACGCUUGUUAUACACUCAUCUCGGCUUCAAGAAGAGCUUCUUGAAGACCUACCACUUAGAAGAGCACUCAUUCGUAAACUCGAAACUGUGUACACGAAAGCAAUCUCUGCACCGAAAGGAAAUUUCCUGAAGGAAGAUCUUUUACAAGCAUUCUUACUCGCAGGACGCUGUCGAGAUGUGCUCAAGGCUGUUGACUCAUCGUUUAAACGGUCGGGGAUUGUUGUGCGACCCUCAACAUAUUCUGCAUCCGUGUAUGACCAAGUUUCCGAGGCCUUGGCUCUGACUCGCACCUCUAAGUUCCAAUUAGUUACGGACAUUUCCCAGUUAGGUUUAUGCCUACGGAAUCAUGACAGGAAGGAUCAGAAUUGCUUUCAGCGGCGGGGCAGUAGUGAUGAGGAUAUUUCAGCUUACUUGAGUUCCUUUCAAUGUGGAGAUCAUCAUACCCUAGACGAUAUGCAGUCAAUGUUCACAAAUAUCAAGAGACGAAGUCUUGCGAUGGUUUUCGAUAUCAUUGAACAGUUUCGAGAAGACGAACACAGAAUAAUCACGAAGAUCAAAGGAACCAAUGACAUAUUGCAAGCUCAUCAAGAAUCUCAUCAGGAGAAGCUGGAUGUCCUGAAGGAUUGCACUGAAAAUAUGAUUGAGCGUCUGGAUCUUAAGUUGAAUGGCUUCAAGGAGAAACCCAAUAAGUCGAGUGCCCAUGGAAACCUGCAGUAUGGUCAAGGAAAUACCACAGAAUAUAUCGGAGAUUUGUGGACAAUCGCUCUUCGAUUCCUCCCUAUACACGGAACUGAAGAUGUAGGCAAAAUUCAACGGAGUGUCGCAGAUGAGCUGCGUCGUCUUGAUCGCGUAGUCGCUGAGCGCUUCGCGGUCGAAAAUCUCAGAAUACACUCGUCCUUUAUGACCAGCAUCUAUAAUUCAGCAACCCAAUCUGGUGAUAGUAAAUUGAACAGAUCAUCAGAGAAUAUCUCAACACUUUUGGACCAAGACCUUGAGAUGAUUGCAGAGACUCCAAAAUGUGUUUCUGAGGUCGAGAUUCACUGCAGUAUUACUGAUUCGGAAGGCUCUAACUACUCACCUUCCAACUCAUUGGCCGGAGAACUCGCACAUCUGGAUUUGGUUCAUGCUACAAUUUGUGACUUAGAACUGGAGGCCAAAACCACUCUUUCUCAAUCUGAAUGCGAUGAUGCUGCCGAAAGAGACCUACAAGAUCGUCGUUCUCAUUUUUUCACCCGCUCCAGUGACACCGGCUAUUCAUGGGUUUCCUUCAACUCGUAUUUAUUGUCGGUGUUAUUCGCGCUUGCUACAAGCGACCCAGUUCAAUCCUGCUCUUCUGCGCUGGUUUCCCUGAAGCUGCGGGCGAGAUGGCCCAUGCCGACAUUGCCAGUCUUCAAGUACAAUUGGGAUGAAUUACAACUCUCCUCUAUAGCUAUCAUCCGCAUCAGUGGCGCCGUGCGUUUUUGGAUCGCCUCGAAGUUGAAUACGAGUUUGGGUCGGUUAGUGGCGUCAUUGACGUUUGUCACAAGCAAGCUCACUCGACCUCACGAUUCCGUCCUUGGAUUCCCAAUUGCAGAAAUUCCCAGUUUUUCGGCGGCAUCGUUUACAGUCAUCGCAAAUCAUUUCCCCAUCCCAAGCCAUCUAAGGCAGUAUGUCCCAAAAUGGCCCAUAAUAAAGGCGGUGUUGGUCCAUUCCGGUUGGCAUAGACUUUCACAUCCCUUUACCUAUCGCUCUUCCCCAGCUGUCCCGACAGAGAGUCGAAGCAUUCUGUUGAUCGAGGUUUUCCUCCUCAAUCUUCCGACUGUUCUUUUUCUCCUUUUCGGGAUUGCUUUUUUGCUACAGUUGAAGGCCACUGUAGACCGUAAGAUACUAGAGGUUUCACACAACUAUCUUCCAUUCGACUUUCGCCGAAUGUUAAGGCAUGAUGAGGAAAGACGACGGAUUGUAUAAGAUAGCCUUAUAUUAUAUGCAAUAUACAACCGUUUGGCGCUCACUACGUUGAGCGCGUUUAAUAUCACCCCACCCCACCACUUCGAUCCUAGCAAGUGCGUCAUGCGUUCUGAGUGGCGAGAAGUAGAGCACAUCACAUACCCAAAUGCCCGAACAAGGAUCCUCGGCGUUGUGCUGUCAGGGGAUGCCCGCUAUCUUGCAGUUGCGCAAGAAACUUGUGUCGACAUCUGGAACGUCAAGGUCAACAUGAAUCCUGAGCCCCUGGUUCAAUAUAGUUCGAAAGAGAACCGGAUUUCCUUCAUCGCAUGGUCGCAGAGAAGUCCACAACUUGUUAUAUCCUAUGAAGGAGGCUUGGUGUAUGUUAUCACGAUGAAGGAAAGGUCCUCGUCAAUUGAGGGUUUUCAUCACUCUGGUCAAACUCAGCAAACCAGGACGUUCUC